AUGUCUUCCACUUACUCUGCUGCCUUCUCUCGUGCCAUGUCCCCCACCCUGGACGCACUCACCCAGGCUGUCGUCAACAACACAGUUUUUGGCGUCAACGACGAAGCUGGCCGCCACAACGCCCUCAUCGACGAGUUGGCCACUGUCGUCAUCAAGAAAAUAGCUGAGUGCCGCUCCAUUGACCAGAUUGUAGACUGCGUCUUUUUUGACUAUCGUGCUGCCCUUAGGGAGUUUCUCCUCAACCUCGCAUCGUGGUGCGAUAAGAGGGAAACAGUCAAGGCUAGCCUCGAGCGCCUUGAACUUGCCGUUAGCGCAGGCAACACCCCCAAUCGCCUUCGGGUGAAGGCUCCCGAGUUCCAACUUACGAAGGAAUUCGCGGAUGCCGGGUCAGCGGAAGCUCUUCGAGUUUCCUCUACGUUCUCCACCGCUCGUGAUGUCUUCCAAAAGGCAAUCAACGACGGCGCCAUUCAGGCGAAAAAGGACGAACUGGCCUUUUGGGAUGAUAAAUGCGCACUCAAUAACUGUUAUGAAGCUGCUGCCCUCAUCGUUAAGACAACUUACGAUGAUCGCAAAUCCAGCUAUAAGCUCCCCGUUUUCUCUACAGACAACAAGGGAGUUCGUCGAAUAACAGAUUGGGUAGUGUCACCGCAGAAGAAGGCUGAAUGCAGCGCAUUGCAAACCAUUUUGCCAGCCAUCUUCUCUCACAUCAAACAGAUUGUCAACUUGCGCCACCGCGCUUUGGCAAUCAAGAUUGAGAAAAAGCGGUCGACUGCGGCAACAGCCGAUGUCGAGAUGGCCGAUGCGACCAAACCAGGUCCAUCGAUUCAAUCCCUUAUUGAUAAGGGCUUGAAUGCACGUCUCAAGAAGCUCAACCUUGGAUCUACUUUGUCUGGCCAGAAUUCGUCCAAGGCUCCUCAACCUCAGGCCAAGAAAGCUGGCCCUUCGAAAUUCAAACCCUCGUCGACGCCUUCGCAGAAGAAGCCCCAAACCAAGGCUUCCAACAAGGUCGACAACAAGAAGAAAGGGAAGGGGAGAGCUCCCGUCAAGAACGAUCCAAAGGGAAAGGGAAAGGCAAGAGCCUAG